AUGGCCAGCAACGACCUCACCGUUUGCCGCACCAUGGGCUUCGCUGACCUGACCACCGUCGGCACGACCCCGUACAACAUCGUCUACCAAUUGUGGGAGGACGGCACUCCUACCAUCAACACCAAAGACAAUGGCCUGGGUUACUUUGACAAGGUUGUUGCAGCAGCUAAGGCGGCAGGCGUGAAGCUGGUCGUACCGCUGGUGAACAACUGGUCCGACUACGGUGGCAUGGACGUGUACGUGAAGCAGCUCGGAGGCAAGUACCACGACGAAUUCUACACCAACGAGAAGGUCAAGGCUGCGUACAAGAAGUACAUCGCCACCUUCAUCAACCGAUACAAGAAGGACGCCACCAUCAUGAGCUGGGAGCUGUGCAACGAAUGCCGCUGCGCUGGCUCAGGAGGCGGCUUGCCUGAGUCGGGAUCGUGCACGACGAAGACCAUCAACACCUGGAUGACUGAGAUGUCGGCGUACAUCAAGAGCCUGGACUCGAACCACCUCGUGGCUACGGGUAGCGAAGGCUUCUUGAACACGGACAAGAGCGUUUAUCUUUACUCCGGGCUCUCCGGUGUCGACUUCGACGCCAAUCUAGCGAUCAAGAGCAUCGACUACGGCGCGUACCACACGUACCCGGACGGCUGGAGCGUCGACGCCAGCGAGUUUGUCUCUUGGGGAGAGAAGUGGAUCAAUGACCACGUCGCCUUGGGCAAGAAGGCCGGCAAACCCGUCGUUAUGGAGGAGUACGGCGUGAAAAACCACAACGUCAGUGUGUACGAGGCCUGGAGCGACGCUGUGUACGCCGCGGGGUCCAGCAUGCAGUACUGGGAGUUCGGCCUCGAGUCGCUCAAGACGUACCGUGGCGAAUACACCAUCUACGACACGGACGACAUCUUCAAGAACGCCAUUGUGCCGGCCGCGAAGAAGUUCAAGACUCGUAGUGGCUCGGCCUAG